UUGAUCAUGUGCUAGGUUGAGAAAUAAUUUGGUAAUGAUGAUCUAACAGAAAGGGGUGUGUGAGGAGCAGAUCAUAUCAUAUAUAAGUCAAAAUCUGUUCUCAUCAGCCCGAAAUCGGUGUCUUCUACAACAAGCAAGACAGGUCCUGCAUUUACUGAAAGUGAACCUAAUUCCUCUGCGAAGAAAAUAACAAUGGCAACACAUCCAAUAACAAAGCUCAAUGUCUCCACCACUAAUGACGAGGAGGAAAUACUUGCAGCUAAUGGUUAUCAGCUCAUCAAUUCUGACCUCAAUGAAGGAACUGGUAAAAACCGGGUCUUUCUUUGGUACAAGAAAGAGUGUGGCUUGAAACCUGUGACCAGGAUCCAGGUUUCAUUCAAUGACAACAUGAAAUCUGGUCUGGCUGAUGCUGGGUAUGAGCUGGUCGAAAGAGAUCUGAAUAGAGGAGCUGGUGGAGAUCCCAUCUUUCUGUGGUACUUCUACGGCAACACUGAAUCUGACAUCCCCAUUGUGAACCUCGAGAUAAGCAAAAAUGCCAAAGAAGAACCUGCUCUUCUGAAAGAUGGCUGGGAGAGACUGGGUUGUGAUCUGAACCGUAAAGCAGGAGGAAACUACAUCUACCUGUGGGUGAAGAGAGAGAAGCCGAGCUACAUCUGUGAGAUCACAGCUACCGUUGACUUCUCUUCUGACAAGCAAAAGUUUGAUCUGGGCUUCACUCGUGUGGAUGAAGACACCAAUCGCGACGCUGGUGGAAACUACGUCUUUUUCUGGUAUCGCCGCUCGACCGAUAAGAGCAAGGCUCUCACUGCUCUUAACGUAUCCGUCAGCUUCCAGGAAAGUAUAAAGCUUCAGAAUGAAGACUUCAAAAAGCUCAGUGUUAACCUCAACUCUGGAGCCGGUGGAAACGAUGUCUACGCGUGGUACCUGAACGAGGGAUGUGAGUCUCAGAUCAGCAACAUGGUUCUGCUGAUCAACCCCAACGCCUGGAUCGUGUAUCAAAAAGCCGGCAUCAACUUCAUCGACAAAAAUCUGAACGAGGGCAAUAAAGGCAAGAAAAUGUACCUAGCAUACCAAUAAUGCUGUGCCUUAAAUAAUCUAACGAUUGCCACUAUACGGCAACUAUAAGCAGAAUUAUUGCAAAUUGAAAUGUUUGACUUAAAAAUCACUUUUUUAAAACCCUUGCUGACUUACUGUUGUAACAAGCUCAAUCAAACUCACUUCAUUUGUCUUUGGCGUUUUUGUUAUAAUGAACAAUGAAAUAAAAGCUUUUUUAACCACA